AUAUGCGGAAGACCGUGGGCGGGGGUUAGCUCAUGGCUUUGACCUUAUGCCAUAUGGAUAGGUGUGGGGGCGUGUUGUUCUGUGGGUGUGAAUGGGCCUAACUUGAGCAAUGUCCAGGGGUGUCGUCAACAUUACGUUUUGGUUGUUGUCAUUUACUAAAACAGGCGAACUUUAAAAGUAUUGGUUGUGUAAUUUGUAUUGUUAUACAGUAAGGGGAUGGCACUUCGCAGUAGAUUAUGAGAAUCUACAAUGCACAAAAUUGACAUGGGAACAAUUAUUUUAUGUCUUCGUAUUGUCGUACAAGCUCAUCUAAUCAACUACAUUAUUUGAUUUUUCACAUUUAGUGAGUGACUAAUUACCAUAAGUGUUAAUUUUUAGUGUUGGUUGUGCUGCUAGGGGAGGGGGUGGAAGAAUUCUGACGUUUCUGAGUAUCGGCAACCUAAGGAGGGCUGGUACUGUACAUGUGGUGGGGAAAGUGGGGGGACAGUACCGAAGCUUCGGGGUAUGAGUCAUGAGGAACCUACAGUACAGUACACGAAGUUUCUGCGUUUAGACAACCGCAUCGUCAAUUUAUCUUAUUAAAUCAAUGAGGGAAAAAAUCUGUGAGUGUGAUGGGUGGAAUAAACCAGCAAUCCAGUGGCUGAAAGCUACAGUGGAAGAAACAGGAAGUGGAAGGGCUUGUUAGAAGAUCUGGCAAUAGUAGAGAGAACCAUGUCCCAGCAACCAGAAUCUAGCUUGAAGACAGCUGAUGACCUGCCAGAUACUGUGCUACUCAAAAUCCUUUCAUAUCUGCCAUCAGAGUACCUGGUGCAUUUUGCAAGCAGAAUAUGCACUCGAUGGCAGACACUUUGUGGAGAUUACAGUGUUUGGCAAGGGAAAGAAUAUGUGGUGAAGGACAUUGGUAUAACGAGAGAGGAUUCAGAAGUAGCAUGUGCUCUGCAGCAGUGUCCAGGUGUGCGACAUGUAAAAUUCCUGCGCCCAGUGAAACCAUCUGUCUUGCAAGCCGUUGGUUUUGAUGGCAUGCUUCAAACACUUGUCUUUCAUCCUGCACAGCAGAUGUCAACAGAAAUGUUACAUCAGUUAUUUGAGCGCUGCCCUCACAUUGUUGCUCUUGGUGUACCAUCUGAUGUUUUGAAGCGGUCUGAUUGUGCGCAACUUGUGGCUAGCCUAGAACGCUUGCAGCAACUGGCUGUGAAAGCAGAGAAUCGAGCUGGUUUAAACUUAGGGGUGCUAAGUGAUGGUUGUCCACACAUCACAGAUGUUGAUGCUAUGGAAGUAGUGUGCAAUCCGGUGUCACUUACAUCUUUCUUAAAAAAGAAGGGCAGUCAGUUGCAUGCACUGUCAUUGUGUGGUAUGACCACCAAUGGGGAAUCAGUCUUGCCCCUACUGGAACCAUGCCACACAAACCUCAAGAAAUUAUGCAUUACUCUGGAGAAGGCAAGGGCAAAAGGAUUUUCCAGCACGCUGCCACUGCUUGGAAGGUUUGAAGCAAUUGUAGAGCUUAAAUUACUGGAGGUACCUGGAAAAGUGUCAAAUGAAUUGACAGAAGCAUUUUCUGGGAAUGGACUACGUCAUUUAAAAUCUGCUUGCUUCAGAGAUAUGCAUGGAUUGAGAGGGGCAUCACUUGCGGCACUCCUCCGUGAUCGACCAGAACUGCAACAUCUGGACAUUAGUGGGUGCAGGCAGAUUGAGGAUUCAGAUCUGGUUAUUGCUUUGAGCGCCACAGAACCAGACCCCUUACCACUACUUUCGAUAAAUCUCUCUUCUUGUGGGAAACUGACAGACACUUCUCUCAUUGAGGUGGUGCAGAGAUGCCCAAAGUUACAAGAACUGCGCUUAUGUGCCUGCCUUACCUUGGAAGAAAAUGCACUUCAUCCUCUAGCUGGAUUGACCGAUUUGCGAGUACUAGAUGUGUCAAGAUGUUACAACAUCAAGGAAUGGUGGAAACCACUGCUGGAGCUUCAUCAAUUAAGAUGGAUCGAUGUAAGCUAUUUGACUGUUGUUCCUGACCGCUUACAACAGAUUAUCAAGCAAAAUAAAUUCCUACGCUACAUAGGACUGCAGUUUUGCAAUGGAUUUGAUGAGAUAACAUGUGAAAGAGUGCUUAAGGCAAAUCCACAAUUGGAGCUCAACUAUGAUACUGAAUACAUUAAGCAGAAGUGGCAGCAGCCAAAUGAAUAAACUCUUUCAUUAUUGGAUUGAUGCAAUAUAUGAAUUCUAAAAGUGAUCCAAAGUUGGUUCUUAUUAAGAACAAUGUCAGUAUUAUCUGUCAAGUUCAUGAACAAUAAAAAUGAAUUAUUAUUUAUUACCCAAUAUUCAUAGAAAUUUGUGUGACAAUCCCAUACACUAAUUAAUGGGCUGUGUUCGAAAGCAAGGACUGAAAUUGAGCAGUGAGCCAUUAUUUUUGUAACGGAAAUAAAAUUAUGUCUGUUGCUUGUCUAUAUUUUGACACCUGGUUUAUUGAAAGAGAGAUUGAGUAUCUGAGGCUGUGAAUUGUUGGUAUAUCAAUUCUGCUUGCACUAUUGUAAAAAUUUCUUUUAUCAUCUUAUUUUGUAAUGUUCUGAAUAAACCAGUGUAAUGAACAAAAGCCUUUAAAAUAAAUGUGCAUUGUGCAGA